CGCCAGCUAGGAGGUCACCGGAGCAGGGAGGAUGCCGCAGCAGCAGCCCGAACGGCCGAGCUGAGCCGCCGAGCUCCCCGGCCCCCGCCGCAGCGGAGGGGCGCAGAGCGUGGCGCGGGCCGGGCGGAGCUAGAGGUGGGCGUCUGCACCGCGUCGCGCCACCCGCUGCUCCCCGCCUCAGGCCAGGCCCGGCAGCCUGUCGUGGCCGAUGUCCUGACCGCGGGUGCAUCUGCAGGGUUGGCUAGGCACCGCGCCUGGGGAAAGGCCUGAGGAGUCCCCGCGGCGACCGCGUCCAGUAGCACCGGACGCCGGUCCCCCGGGGCGCGCGCUUGGGCGCUCCUCCCUCCUGCCCCAGCACCGCGUCACCGCAAGGUCCUCCCCCGACCCCUCCUCCCACCCACCCUGGAGGAUGCGCUCCCAGGCGCCGAGCGGCAGAGGCCACCGCUCUCAGAAAUGCGUGCACCGGCUCCCUUUUUCCCGGACCCGAAGAGCCGGCGCCCCCGCCCUGUAGGGUGAUGACUCAUUGAUUAAAAAGGAAUUUUUCAAAUACUUUGCACUUUUGAUUGCAUAUUAUGGAUACCAAGGAAGAGAAGAAGGAACGGAAACAAAGUUAUUUUGCUCGAUUGAAAAAGAAAAAGCAAGCCAAACAAAAUGCAGAGACAGCCUCAGCUAUGGCUACAAGGACUCAUUCUGGAAAAGAAGAUGCUAGUACAGUCAUUUUAGAACAAGACAUGUGCAACAUUGCUGUGGAAGAGGAAUAUAUUACUGAUGAGAAAAAAAAGAGAAAAAGUAAUCAGUUAAAGGAGAUCAGGCGUACAGAACUAAAGAGAUAUUAUAGUAUUGAUGACAAUCAAAACAAAACACAUGAUAAAAAAGAAAAGAAGAUGGUGGUUCAGAAGCCCCAGGGUACUAUGGAAUACACUGCUGGAAGCCAGGACACCCUAAACUCCAUAGCACUGAAAUUUAACAUCACUCCCAAUAAACUAGUGGAACUGAAUAAGCUUUUCACACAUACUAUUGUUCCAGGCCAGGUUCUUUUUGUGCCAGAUGCCAACUUUGCUUCCAGUACCUUAAGGUUAUCAUCAUCCAGUCCUGGUGCUACUGUCUCUCCUUCAUCAUCAGAUGCAGAAUAUGAUAAACUGCCUGAUGCUGACUUAGCAAGAAAGGCCUUAAAACCCAUUGAGAGAGUCUUAUCAUCCACUUCUGAAGAGGACGAGCCAGGCGUGGUAAAAUUCUUAAAAAUGAAUUGUCGCUACUUCACCGAUGGAAAGGGUGUGGUCGGAGGUGUCAUGAUCGUUACUCCUAACAAUAUCAUGUUUGACCCUCAUAAGUCCGAUCCCCUGGUCAUUGAAAAUGGGUGUGAGGAGUACGGCCUCAUUUGCCCCAUGGAAGAGGUUGUUUCCAUCGCGCUCUACAAUGACAUCUCCCACAUGAAGAUCAAAGAUGCCUUGCCAUCGCCUGGAGAAUGGGAAGACCUGGCUUCAGAAAAGGAUAUCAACCCAUUCAGUAAGUUCAAAUCUCUCAACAAAGAAAAACGGCAGCAGAAUGGAGAGAGAACCAUCACUUCAGAUUCCAAAUCAACAAGACCUUUGGAGAAGUCAACAGAACACACAGAAAAGAAACCCUCAGACAGCUCUGUGUCAGACAAGUUAAAGAAACUGGAAUUCUCUGCAGAGGCAAUCAAACGGUCUGCCGCAGUAGCUAAAGUCAGCAAGGAACUUUCUGACACUCAGGCUGCAUUUGAAUCUAUAGCCAAAGAAAAUUCUCUCUUAGGAGAAGAAGACGACUUCGUUGACUUGGAAGAACUUUCUUCUCAAAAUGAUAGUGGAAUGGACAAAAGACACAGCUCAAAGGAGUGCCUUUCUCUUGACCCAGCGGAGCUAAGGAAGACUAAAUCACAAAUAAUCAGUUCUACUAUGGAAAUGCAGGUGCAGUCAGCCCUGAACUUUUCAGAAACAGAGUGUGAUGCUGAAUUGAAGGGGACCCUAGAUUUAGAAACCUGUGAGAAGCAAGAUAUAAUGCCAGAGGUGGACAAGCAGUCUGGUUCCCCAGAAAGCCAGGUGGAAAACACAUUGAACAUACAUGAAGAUCUAGAUAAAGUUAAACUCAUUGAAUAUUACCUUAAUAAGAACAAAGAAGGGUCACAGUUACCUGAUAACUUGCAGAAGGCAGAAUUAAGUGAUGGCAAAAGUAUUGAGCCAGUGGGAAUAGACAUCACUCUUAGUAGUUCUCUUCCCCAGGCAGGUGAUCCCCCGAUUGAGGGCAAUGAACAGGCCGAUAAAACCUGGGUGAAAGAGAGAGCACCCCUUCCAUUGCAACUAGGCUCUUCUACAGAAGAAAAUAUGAAUAAAGUGGAUCCAGACUCCUCUUUGGAACCUACUCUGGACAACAGCUGCCAGGGUGCACAAAUGGAUAAUAAAUCUGAAAUUCAGUUAUGGCUAUUAAAGAGAAUUCAGGUACCCAUUGAAGAUAUACUUCCUUCAAAAGAAGAGAAAAGCAAGACUCCACCCAUGUUUCUGUGUAUUAAAGUGGGAAAACCAAUGAGAAAGUCCUUUGCCACUCACACUGCAGCCAUGGUCCAGCAGUAUGGCAAACGAAGAAAGCAACCAGAGUACUGGUUUGCUGUUCCUCGGGAGAGGGUGGAUCACUUGUACACGUUCUUUGUUCAGUGGUCUCCUGAUGUCUAUGGGAAAGAUGCCAAAGAGCAAGGCUUUGUGGUGGUGGAAAAAGAAGAACUGAAUAUGAUUGACAACUUCUUCAGUGAGCCGACCACCAAGAGCUGGGAGAUCAUCACCGUUGAGGAGGCAAAACGCAGGAAGAGCACAUGUAGCUACUAUGAAGAUGAGGAUGAGGCCGCCCUGCCGAUCCUGCAGCCCCACAGUGCGCUUCUGGAGAACAUGCACAUCGAGCAGCUGGCCCGACGCCUUCCAGCAAGGGUACAGGGGUAUCCAUGGAGUCUCGUAUACAGCACAUUAGAGCAUGGGACCAGCUUGAAAACUCUCUACCGGAAGUCAGCAUCACUAGACAGUCCUGUCCUAUUGGUCAUCAAAGAUAUGGAUAAUCAGAUUUUUGGAGCAUAUGCAACUCAUCCUUUCAAGUUCAGUGAUCACUAUUAUGGCACAGGCGAAACUUUUCUCUACACGUUUAGCCCUAACUUCAAGGUCUUUAAGUGGAGUGGAGAAAACUCUUACUUUAUCAAUGGAGACAUAAGUUCUUUGGAACUUGGUGGUGGAGGGGGACGAUUUGGUUUAUGGCUAGAUGCUGAUUUAUACCAUGGACGAAGCAACUCCUGCAGCACUUUUAAUAAUGAUAUUCUUUCCAAAAAGGAAGACUUCAUAGUUCAGGAUCUCGAGGUAUGGACAUUCGAGUGAAAUUCAGACUGCCUUAAAAUACGACAUUAAAAAGACUGGGUUCAAUCAGCCCUGCUAAAGCUGGCUGGAAGAGCAAGCCCCAGCCCAGACUGCCUCAUCCCAUCAUAGUGCUUUCUUUCUGCCUUCAUCUCAGCGUGUGAUCACAUUGCAGAGAGAUUCUGAAAGGUACAUGUGGAAGGCAGACGAUGAAGAAAGAAAUCUGAAGUCCAGAUUGUUGAAAGACUUUAUACUCUCACUUCCUUCAAAUCCAUACAGUGAGGAAUCAGAAUAUUUAUAGAUGUGAGUUGAAUGCAAUUUUUAUUUUUGUUAACUGUGAAAAAGAAAAUACUGUGGAAAUAUAUACAUUCCUUGUAUAUUUAUCAAUAUAAUUUUCAUUACCAAAAUGUACAGCAUACUGUUGUUUGCCAUGGAAAAGUUUAGUCUCAUUUAGAAAAACUCAGAGUGCACAGCACUUAAAGGGAAUAUAUGAUUUUUAAAAACUGUUUUAUUUAUUAUUUCUAGUAUAUUGUCUGAAAUGUGUUGGCAGUUUUUUCUUUUAAUGUGUCAAAUUUUGAAAUAAAGAAAUGUAUACAUUUUGUGCUAUGUUUUGGCAACAAACCCAUUUGAUUUAUAUAGUUUUAUAUUAAAUUUUUUUUGCCCUGAUUGUUUAGGGUGAUAUGUAUAUGUAUGUGCUGCUUAAUGUCCAAAUAUAUAUAUGUAUACACACACAUAUAUAUAUAUAUACACAUAAUUCUGAAUUUUUUAAAACUCAAUACCAAUGUUUAUUGAUUUGACUGUUGUAGGCCAGCUUUCCAUUUAGUCAUUAAAAAGGUACAUUUUUAGUUAUUUACUCUGAACACAACUGUGUAAAAGAAAAAUAAGCUAUUUCUCUCAGUCAUAAGUUGAUAUUUACAGAAAUGUAUACCUUUAUGAUCCUAGAUUUAGAACAAACCCUGCUUUUGAAAAGAAAAUGUUUUGCUUCUUAUAAAAUCACGUGUUAAUAACAAAAAUUGUAUUUUUAUUGGAUUUUUUUGCAUAAUUUUCCCCAAGUUUUUACAUUAAUGAACAGGCCUCUGUUUGAAAUGAGACUGAGUGUUUUAAUUUCUGUAUAUUUUAUAUCAAAUGAAAAAAAGGGCAAAUUAUCCCAAUUGUCUUGAUUUCUAGACUCUUUUUUUUGAGAAAAAUCAAUGCAAAGAAAUGCAUUCAUACCAAAAUUAGAAUAAAAAGUAAAAACUUGUUUUUUAAUAUCAACUCACUUUCACAUCAUAAAACACUCUUUUAUUAAAGUUAAUAAUAAAGACUUGUUAAAAUUUUAACAAAUAUUAUUGACUGUCAGACGUUUAUGAAAGCCAAAGACUGCUAAUGGAAAAAAAAUGUCAAAUGAUAGCCAAAGCUGAGAAAGUGGUCUGUCAUAAGAUACAUACCCAGUGAUCUUAGAAGGAAAAAUUAAUAAAAAGUAGUGUUUAUAUACCUGCAUUUUAAAGAAGUAAACAGUUCUUAGAAUGUUGGCCUUAAGCUGGCAGAAUAUUUCCUUUAGCUUAUUCUCUUAUUUUAGACUAUUUAUAAAAGAGAACAAACAAAUUGCCAAGUGGCCUCCUGUCAGAUCAACAGUUAUUUUACUCCACCCACAUUCCACGCAAGUUUAAAUGAACGCUAUAAAAUCUUAAGUCUAUAGCCUGGGUGCACUUUCACCCAAGUUCUCCUAUUGAGAACUCUUGAUUAACAACUUACUGGCAGUUUAACCUUAAUCUGCUUGUCAAAUUAUGUGUUGGUAUGAGAUACCAGGAAUGUCUCAUGAUGAUCACGUUUACCAUUUAUGCCAUUUGCAACCAUAUGCUAUUAACGAAAUGGUCAUUUUGCAUAUAGUUCACUCAUACCUAGUUUAGUCCAUGAUAUUAUACUUGUGAGAGCAUAUUCAGAUGCUGUGUUCUCUAUUUAAAACAGUAUUGUCCAAUCAGAAAUGUGUGGCCCUUCAUUUAUGGAUACUGAAUAUAUGUAAUGCAGUGCUAGCCCAAUAUUUUCAAUAAAGGAAUUUAUGCAUUCAG